AUGUUUUCUGUGGGCGUGCGACGGGGGGUCACCCCUCUGGCCCGUUCGAUGGCCACACACGCCCGCGUCUCCACCAUCUUGGAAAAGAAGCCAGAAGACGUAGUCAUCACGUUUGCCAAGCGCACACCUCUCGGUCGGGCAAAGAAAGGGCAGCUCAAAGACUUCCCGGCCGACGAGCUUAUGCGCGCACUCAUAGCGGCGACACUCGACAAGACCAAGUUGGAUCCUGCAAAGAUUGAUGAUAUUUGUGUAGGAACUUGUCACCCGCCAUCACCCGCAUACAUUUCUCGUGCAGCAGCGCUCGCGGCAGGUGUACCAGCGAGUGUACCCGUUUCUACUGUGAACCGACUAUGUGGUUCUGGUCUACAAGCUAUCAGAGCGAUUGCCACUGCCGUUGAAAGCCGACAAAUGACUCUCGGCAUGGCCAUCGGUGUGGAGAGUAUGUCCCAGAAUCCGCGGCCUACGCCUGAGAUCGUGGAUGCGGUGGAUGCCAAUCCACAGGCUCACGACUGUGUUCAGCCUAUGGGAUGGACUUCAGAGAUGGUUGCGCAGGUAUAUAAUAUUUCCAGAGCCAAGCAAGAUGAAUAUGCGUUCAUAUCACAUUCCAGAGCAGAGAAGGCUACCGCAUCUGGGAUAUUCUCUGAAGAGAUUGCCCCUAUUGAAAUACGAGGUACUGUGAUCUCCACCGAUGAUACUGUGCGAAUGGGCACAACUGCGGAGGGCCUUGCUAAGUUGAAGCCGUCGUUCCCCAACUGGGGAGAGUCGUCUACAACUGCUGGAAAUGCCAGUGGCUUGGGCGAUGGGGCCGCACUGUGCAUUAUGACUACCCGUGCCAAUGCGGAGAAAGAGGGCCUCGAGAUUCUUGGUAAAUAUGUGACGAGUAGUUUCGUGGGUGUGGAGCCACGGUAUAUGGGCAUUGCUCCCGUUGUAGCCAUCCCGCAAGUCCUGGCUCAGGCCGGGCUCUCCAAAGAAGACGUUGACGUAUUUGAGAUCAAUGAGGCAUUCGCGUCGCAAUUUGCCUACUGUGUUGAGCAACUGGAUGUCCCUAUUGCCAAGAUCAAUCCAAAUGGAGGAUCAAUUGCUUUGACACACCCUCUCGGAAUGACUGGCGCGCGCCAAGUGGUGACUGGACUGGCAGAAUUGCGCCGUCGCGGCGGUGCCAUAUUGUGCACAAGCAUGUGUAUAGGCAGCGGCAUGGGUGGAGCGGGCAUUUUUGUCAAUGAGCUUCGCUGA